AACUAUGACACAAUCUGUUAAUGAUGCAACUACAGAAGGUGUAACUAUGACACUAUCUGGAAAUGAUACAACUACAGAAGGUGUAACAAUGACACAAUCUGGAAAUGAUGCAACUACAGAAGGGGUAACUAUUACACAAUCUGCAAAUGAUGCAACUACAGAAGGCACAACUUUGACACAAUCUGGAAAAAUAACUACAAAAAGUCCAAUGACAGUGCAAACAGAGGCCAUUACAGAAAGUACAAACAUAAUGAAUUCUGAAGCUACAGAGAGAACAACAGUGACGCAGUCUGGAAAUGAAGCAACAACAGAACGCACAGCCAUGACAGAAUCCGUGAGUGAAGAAAUGAACACUGGGAGUAAAAUGACUACACUGCAGCACACUAGUAUACACAUUUCUUCACAGUCUCUCAACAGCAUCACUACAGGAUCCAGCAAUGAGUUCACAAGUAACACAACACCACUUGAAAAUGGUGGAGUAACAGCAGCUGCAAGUGGAACAACUCUUGAACCAGGUAGCAUAGCAGGCAUUGUUGUUGCAGCUGUUGUCAUAGUGAUUGCAAUCUCAGUUGCAUUUUUCCUUAUCAUGAGGGAUACUAAAAAAGCACGCUUACAAAUUGACCAAAUGAGGAAAGAGGAUGAUUUGUAUACACUUCCUACAAAAGAAGAUCCAAUUACUGAAAAUUACUACACACCAUUGCAACCAAAGACCAAUGCUAACAUGAAUUCAACUAGUGCAGUCUAUGACAACCCAACUUUUGAAAACCUAGAUGAGGUCAACAGAGUAUAAUAGAUAGACAUACAACUGUCGUGCAAAGAAUGUGUAAAGAUCAUUGUAAAAUGAGAUUUACUACAAUUGAUACUCAGAUAUUCCUGGAUUAUUCCACAAAGCUUCUUUAAUCUGUAUAACUCAUAAACUAUGUUAAUGGACGACACGAGAAACCCUUUGAGACAACCCCUAGGUUGGACAUUGCUGGAAUCUGAACUCAAAGGACAAAUAUAGACUAGAAAAGGUCCUACAUGAGAGGUUCUGAUUACAUGGAAAUCAAUGGGAUUACCAAUGGGAAAAUCAAAAUGCAUUCAUUCACAUUUAAGGGUUAUAACCUCAAAAGGUUUUCCUCAGUGAUAUCGACUGAGAAAGUUUAAAAACUGGCCAAAAUAUCCCAAUAUUUUAUUGUUCCCUUUAGUUUACAAAUGGAUUUCUACUGGAUGAAAACACUUGUAAUCUUUCCCAAACGAGUGAAAGAUCACUGUAUUCACAUAUGUGUGCUUGGGAAGGUUUACUUACAUAAUUGUUGUGUGCCACAAUAAUAUGCUUAGGGGGAUCUGGUUCAUCAGGGGGGUAGCAUACGAUGGAGUCGUGUUUCACCCCAGGGAUCCGGCAUGAUGACAACACCUUGUAAUACUGCACCAUACAUAGUGGGUCUUUCCCCAUCAUCUCCACUGGAAGGGAUUUUCUAAACAAAUGGUGAGAUAUCCAUUGAAGAGUGAAACACAUUAUAUGAACAUAUACACAUAUAGACCAGCUGAUCACAGGUUCAUCACAAGCUAAUUCAAUGGAGGUCUAUCAAGAUUAUAUAUGGGGCCCUAAUCAUAUAUUCAGACAAUGUAAUAGGAUGCCAAAACAUGAAGUAUAACAGGUCUAAAAUAAGGUUUAUGAAAUUCAGGGAACUCUGAUUGGCACCCUCCUCAUAUAAAGAUUAGACAAGAUGACAGUCCUUCAAAAUUAUGUACAGCAAAAUAUGUCUAAGCCUCCACGAGGAAUGGCCAAAUAUGUUCAUCCAUUUUGAGGUUUUAUGGAGUCAAUGGGAGAAUUCAAAAUAGGACUGGAGAAGUGUUCAGAUUGAUUAGACAGGUGUUCGUAUUAGAGAAGUGUUCGAAUAUAUACAGAUUCUACUAUACUGUUCUCAAAGUUUAAGAUUCUUCUAGAAUUUAAAUAAAUUAUUUGCACCAGACUUGUGAUUAAAAAGACACAGAAUAAGCUUCAGGUUAAUUGUAAAUGUCUAGCAAAAAAUGUUGACAGUAGAUGAAUGAAUAAAUGUGUUUACAUUUUGAGGAGACAGUACUUGUUCUGCCAGUUCUAAUGUAUAUUAUCAAUGUAAGCAUAUCAUACUUUUAAAUAUUACAUAGUUUUAAUGC